AUGACAGACGCUUUCGCAUUCACCUACCCCUCACCGUUGGAGGGGUACGAAAAUCUCGAGCCACUAUCAGACGAGAGAAACGAAGACGGCAAAUCGCUGAAAAACCCCCAACAUGGGAUCCUGAGUAAAGCGUACGAGGAGUUCCCCGAUCCGCUGGCGAAGGACCGACGCGGCGGCUUCGAUGUCCAUAUUUAUCAUUUCCCGAAUAACCCCGACCAAGCUGCCUUCGCAAAGGCGCUCUGGGAACGAAUCCGACGAGAAUUUCCCGAGCUGCGGAUCUACACGUUCUUCGACCGACCGAUAGGCCCGCACCCGGUGGCCAUGUUCGAGGUGAACCUGUUCACGCCGGCGCAGUUCGGGGCAUUUGUGCCGUGGCUGAUUCUGAACCGGGGACCGCUGAGCGCUUUGGUCCACCCGAACACGGUGGAAACGGAAGAAGAACGAAAUCAUACACAGCGGGCGACAUGGCUGGGGGAGAGGAUUCCGUUGGAUUUAAGGGUUUUUAAGCUGAUGCAGGAGAAGCAGAGGAGGGAGGCGGAGGAGGGGAAGAAGUACAAGAUACAUAGAACACAGGUAAUUAUGAGUGACUUCCAUCACGGGAUCGAUCGGGCAUAUCCGACGCGACCACAAGAUGACCAUGUCGAUCCCAACCACGCCGGUCCCUGUCGCCGGAUGAUUGGCUCUGCUUGGAUCAUGCUUAUCGGCCUUGUGUAUGGCGUUUUCCUACAACCCCUGCGCGCGCAGUUCAGUUCGGUCGAGAAUGUAGGAUUCGGGAGUCGGGGUCUCCGGUCCUAUGGACAGCCUGCCACUGCCAACCUGCCUGAUCCAUAG